AUGAUCACGGUCAUUGACUACAAGUCGGAGAAGUGGGGCACUGUACUUACAGAGCACUCCGUUGACUUGAUUUACGACUGCGGAGUGGAGCCGGAGUCGUGGGCCAUGGACGCCCAGAAAGUGUUGAAGAAGAGCAGCGGCAAGUUCGUGACUAUCGGCAUGGGACCGAAGCCUAUUGAGUCUCCCAUCGGUGCGACAUUCCACCAGCUCUUCUUGCACCCGAACUCGGAGGACAUUCACAGUCUGACCAAGUUGGUUGAGGCUGGUCACGUGAAGCCUACCAUUGACUCGGUGUACCCACUCGACAAGCUUCUCGACGCCAUCAAGCUGCAGAUGUCGAACCGUGCGCAGGGCAAGAUCAUCAUUGAGAUUUGCCCCGAGUAACUUUGCCUGCCUUCUCGCAGCAGCAAGGAGUAACAUGUAGCUUUCUCUGAUGAAAUAUCACAACGUACUUUUACCAGUUCUCAAAAAAUCAAUAUUUGCGAAAGCAUUCACAUCCGAACAAGAU